CAUAUCGUUUGUGAAUGUGGGAAAAGCUACAAAACCAAAGGUGGAUAUGGGAGACACAGGACCGCAAAACAUGGGAACACCGAAAGUGAGUCCGUUACAAUGUUCACAACCAGCCUUCUCGCCGAGAUGGUGAACAGUGCUGUACAGAGUAUUAAAGAAAGGAAGGUGUUCAAUUUAAGCAUAAAGAAUGAGCUGACUGUAUUCAUAUUUGAAUUAGAGGAAAGAUCUGAUGAAUUCUUUUAUCUCAAAACAAUCUAUGAAUCACUAAGAAAGAAAGGAGAUCUUGAAAAGUUUUAUUCUAAUUUUUAUGGAACUGUUGCAUUGAAUGCCACCAAGUACUUCAAAGGACUCACACGGAAUGCAGCAACAUUGUUGGCAACCAAGGUGGCAGACACUAUGAUUGCAAACUCAAAAAAAACAGAAGUUAUCUUCUGUAAGCAAUGAGUCCAUCCAUGAAUUGACAGACAAACAAAAGGCUGGGCUACAAUAUGUGAGCGGUUAUGUGUUGCAAAACCUGCACAAGAAAUAUCGUAAAGUUAACUCUAUUGAAAGCCAACAAGCGAUGACCAUCCUUAAGGCUGGAAAACUGAAUAGCAUGAACUUGAACACACAGGAACAGGAACUGAUUUCAAGCUUGAACAGAGGGGGGCUCUGGACAGUUACAUUGCCAGCUUUUAAGAUCUUUUUGAAGACUGAUGAAUAUUUCAGGCAAUCAACUUCAAAAGCUGGUUUACAGAGAAUUGACAUUGUUGGAAUUACCAAAACCUCAACUACAGACAGUGAUGUCUUGGCCAACUAUCAACUAAUUGUAUCCGAGGCAGACUGUGAUUCAUACAGUCAUGUCCAAAAAGAUGUUUUGCACAACAUUGUAAGCUUAUAUAUCAGAGUAAGGUCAUUCUCCUAUGCUAAAGAUAUUGUUCAGCAAUAUAAAAUCAAGGCAAAACAAAGGAAAAGCAAGUCUCUACGAAAGGAAAUAAGUAGAAGUUGCAAACAGAAUGAAGAGGAAAGACAGGAGUAA